GACUCCAUGUGAACAUAGACAAGACGGAGGCUAUGAAAACGACCAAACAACAACAACAGCAACAUCCAUCGCCAAUCACCAUCAACGGGAGUGAUUUGAAAGAGUUUACUUCAUUCACUUAUCUAGCAUUGAGCAUUGUCUCAACUACACACAGUCGGAACAGACGAGAAUGUCAAAUAGAGAAUCGGGAAGGCGAGAAACACAUUCAUCAACCUGAAACCAAUCUGGAAAUCUCCGUCACUCAGCCAGCAUCAACAACAAAAUUCGGUCGGAUUUUCAAUACAAACAAACGUCAAGUCAGUCAGUUCUUCUCUACGAUCAGAAACUUGGUGGGCGGGUCACAAAGAAUAUUUCCCAUAGCCUGUUGCAGACCUUUAUCAACAACAAUUGUCUUCACUCUAUAUUGAAGAUCAGAUGGCCGGGCCGGAAAGAAUCACCAACAAGAAACUAUGGGAACAAACAAACAAACAAAACAAGAACUAAUCGCCCAACAAAUAUGCAUAAGAAAUUGGAGAUGGACUGGACACUCGCUAAGGAGGCCGGUGGGUGACAUCGCGCGUCAGGCUAUUGCUCGAGUGGAACCAGGCCGAAAGGGAAGCGGCAAGUGGGGCGUCAGUGCAGGGGUGACAUGGAGGAGAUUGUGUGAAGAGGACUUGAAACAUUAUGGGUUAACAUGGAUGCAGGUGAAAAGUAGAGCAGAGGACAUGAGCAAGUGGAGACGUGCAGUUGAAGCCCUAUGUUCUACUAAGAACCCAAAGGAAUAAUAAUAAUAAUCAACCACGUCUACCUGGACAUUUG